GGGUUAUUACCUAGUACGCUUGUAAAAGACGUGGACGAUGUGGAAAAUGGAGCCUAUGACAAACCUCUUCCAUGCUUUGGUUGCGGAAUCGGAUGGUUCUCAUGAGUAGAAUAUUCAUUUAGUUUUUGUUUUGGGGUAAAAUGUUAAAUAAUAGUAUUCAUUUUGUUUCCAAGUUAAGUCCACCAUGCAUGUCUGAAUUAGCAAAACUGAUGCUUUGUUUGUUUGAAAAAAGUAUUGUCCAAGGAAAGUUCCUCAUAAAAGGUUGCCAAACAAAAGAAGAAACCAUUAUAUACUUAUUUUUCUCAAUCUCUUCAACUUUUCAACAAAAAGGAAAAUUAAACACAAUAUGGUUUUGAAAAGUUACAUAUUAGAGCAUCUCCAAUGUAAAACUCCAUUUUUUCCUUCAAAAUAGAGUAAAAGUGAAAAUGAAGUAAAAUUGCUCCAACCCUACUUCAUUUCCCACUCCAUAAUGGAGUGAUGAACAAACAAAAAAAGAAAUUACUCCAUUUAUAGAGUAAAUUUCAUUAUGGAGUAAGAUAUGGAGUUGGGUUGGAGCAUUUCUUACUUCAUAUUCACUUUUACUCCAUUUUAGAGGAGAAAAUGGAGUAGGGAUGGAGAUGCCCUUAUAGUCAUUAGUCACUGGUAAAAAAAUCAUUUGAUUUUUUUUUUAAUUUGAAAAUAACUGUUUUUAAAUGGUUUAAUCUUUCAUAAUUAACAAAUCUAUAAUCUAAAACUCAGUUCACAAUUACGAAUAUAACUAGUGCAAUAUAUGAGCUGGUGAUAAAUACAUAAACUAACAACUAAAACAAUAUACUUUGUGACAUAUAUAGAUACACAGUCUUGGAAGAAUGAGUUAUUGCUUAUGAAUUAGAAUAAUUUCCAAAAUACUAAGAAAGAAGAAGACAACGUUGCUUUUGGUGUAAGAAAAAAAAGGUCAUUGACUUCCAUAUUUCUUUUCUGCUCUCUCUCCGUAGUUAACGUUUACGAAGUUGAAGCAGCAGCCGAAGAAGAAGACGACGACUCUUCUCUUUCCAGAUAUUGUGAUUAUCUCAACUCUUCUCUUGCAAUCAAUCUCUUUCUCGAGUUUCUGCUCUUGAAAAUUUCUGCUCAGAAGUAGGAGCUUUGCAUUCAUUAACGCUCUCUUUCACUGAAGAACAUAUGGCAGAAAAUGUUAAAGAGCAUGGAGAUGGAAGUGCAGAGCUGGUUAAAUCCAUGGGUGAUAAUAAAUAUGCUAGUCUCAUGAGACCAGCUGGUAGAUAUUACUCUGUUAUUAAAGAUGCUACGGUUUGUGGGAAGGGAAGAUAUACGCUUGUAAAAGACGUGGACGAUGUUGAAAAUGGAGCCUAUGACAAACCUCUUCCAUGCUUUGGUUGCGGAAUCGGAUGGUUCUCCUUUCUCAUGGGGUUUGUAUUCCCAUUCUUGUGGUACUAUUCGACGUUUCUCUAUUUUGGGAACUACUACCGCAAGGAUCCUAGAGAAAGAGCAGGACUUGCUGCUUCCGCAAUCACUGCGAUGGGAUUCUCCCUCUUGCUACUGGUGAUCGUUGCCUUCAGGUGGUUUUAGUGGCUUAUUCUUACGUAUAGACCAUUAUCUUGACAUAUAUAUGUAUGAUCUUGGUCCCGUUCUUGUCAAAAGGAUUAUAGAGGAUGGACUUAUAUGUUUGUCUGUACAUUCAAUUUAAAUACUAUAUACCUCAUCUUUGCUCCAGCU